AUGAAACACCAGCACCCUUUAAAUCACGGCUACUUCUACACGAAACACGAGCACCCUUUAAACCACUGCUACUUCUACACGAAACACCAGCACCCUUUAAACCACGGCUACUUCUACACGAAACACCAACACCCUUUAACCCACGGCCACUUCUACACGAAACACCAACACCCUUUAAACCACGGCUACUUCUACACGAAACACCAGCACCCUUUAAACCACGGCUACUUCUACACGAAACACCAGCACCCUUUAAACCACGGCUACUUCUACACGAAACACCAACACCCUUUAAACCACGGCUACUUCUACAUGAAACACCAGCACCCUUUAAAACACGGCUACUUCUACACGAAACAUCAGCACCCUUUAAACCACGGCUAUUUCUACACGAAACACCAGCCUCCCUUUAAACCACGGCUACUUCUACACGAAACACCAGCACCCUUUAAACCAUGGCUACUUCUACACGAAACACCAGCCUCCCUUAAACCACGGCUACUUCUACAUGAAACACCAGCACCCUUUAAACCACGGCUACUUCUACACGAAACACCAGCACCCUUUAAACCACGGCUACUUCUACAUGAAACACCAACACCUUUAAACCACGGCUACUUCUACACGAAACACCAGCACCCUUUAAACCACGGCUACUUCUACACGAAACACCAGCACCCUUUAAACCACGGCUACUUCUACACGAAACACCAACACCCUUUAAACCAUGGCUACUUCUACACGAAACACCAACACCCUUUAAACCACGGCUACUUCUACACGAAACACCAGCACCCUUUAAACCACGGCUACUUCUACACGAAACACCAGCACCCUUUAAACCACGGCUACUUCUACACGAAACACCAGCACCCUUUAAACCACGGCUACUUCUACACGAAACACCAACACCCUUUAACCCACGGCCACUUCUACACGAAACACCAACACCCUUUAAACCACGGCUACUUCUACACGAAACACCAGCACCCUUUAAACCACGGCUACUUCUACACGAAACACCAGCACCCUUUAAACCACGGCUACUUAUACACGAAACACCAGCACCCUUUAAAACACGGCUACUUCUACACGAAACAUCAGCACCCUUUAAACCACGGCUAUUUCUACACGAAACACCAGCCUCCCUUUAAACCACGGCUACUUCUACACGAAACAUCACUUCCUAUUUCUUACGAGCAGGUUACUCGGUGCGACCAAACAAUCAUUAGCUGUAUCGAUUAUUUCUACAAGCUGCUGUCGGCGUGUGACAAGUUGGCAGUCAGUUUUGACAGUUAA